AUGGCCAAAACUUUGGUAACAAUCGCCAGUGUUGGCAGUGGAGUUGCAGUUGUUGCAUUCCUGUUCACUGUUGGAUACAUCUUCAAUGAUAUCAACGCAUUCUAUGAUGAGGUUAUGGAUACCAUGACUUGGUUUAAGUUCAACGAACAACAAGCAUGGAAUUCAAUGAUCAAGCCAACUGAUGUCUUCGGAAGAAUCAAGCGUGGAGUCAAUAAGAGACAAGCCCAAUUCAACUGCGGAGCUCAAUCUCAAGGAUGCCCAGCCGGACCACCAGGACCACCUGGACAACCAGGCGCUCAAGAAGAACCAGGACACCAAGGAAUUGCUGGAAAACCAGGAGCCAAUGGAGUUGCUAUCGGAAUUGUUACGGGACCAGGACCAUGCAUCACUUGCCCAGCUGGUGCGCCAGGACCAGCCGGAGCUCCAGGAGCUCGAAAAGCCCCAGGACCAGCUGGAGCCCCAGGACAAGACGCUUAUGGAGGUGGACCAGGACCAGCAGGAGAUGCCGGAGCUCCAGGACGUGCAGGAGCACCAGGAGCACCAGGAAGCCCAAGACGUGGAGGACAACGUAGCCAUGGACUUCCAGGACCUUCUGGACCACAGGACCACAAGGACCAGCUGGAGGACCAGGACAACCAGGAGAAUCUGGUGGAGCAGGAGCAGCAGGACCAGCAGGAGCCCCAGGAGCCCCAGGACAGCCAGGACAAGCCGGUGCUCCAGGAACACCAGGAGCCCCAGGAAACGCUGGAUCUCCAGGAGGAGAUGCUGCUUAUUGUUCAUGCCCAGCUCGCUCAGUUGCUGUUCGUAAACACCGCAAGGUCUUCCGCAAGCGUGUUGUCAAAGUCUCAGCUUAAAUUCUUUGUUUUCAAAAUAAAUCCUUAUCAUUCAAACACUGUUGAUCAUAAACUACCGUAG